AUGAUCAUCCGUCCCACUCAAGCCGUCUGGUCUGUCUUCGCAAGUUAUGGUGGCAUAUCCUGGACCUUUCUAUCUCAUUUUCCUCUUUCAUAUCUAGAGCCGGCAACGAAAUCUCGCUGUGAUUACCCGCUCAAGGCCAGACGAAUGAGCAUGGCACCAUCGUUCACCUUUGUUAAUGUCCGCAACGCCCCGGGCCUGGGCCCCAAAGAGGCCAAGCAGAUGAGAGGUCAUAUUACCAAGACAAAUUUUGCCAAGAGGAGACAAAGACUGGGCCAGCAGAAGAAAAAAGCACACACGGCUCAAUCUUCAAGUCCAUCCUCUGCCUUGAUUACAUUGGACGAGCGGGAACUACGGCAUGAGCUCAAGCCGGUGGACCAUCGUUUGCUCAUCCGCAUGGUAGAGCCUACAUACUCUCCGGUCGAAUACUUGCUUUGUGAGUACCGCGCGCUUAUCUUCCCGGCGGGUCUCGGUUCUCCCGGAUCAAACAGAGAAGCAGAUUGGAUUGCCCUGCUACACUCUGAGCCAGCCCUGGUCGAAGCAUCAAUGGCCAUAGCGAUAAGACAUUCGCCCCGGCUCCAGAGGACUCAAGGUAUUCGUGAAGCGUCCGUGCGUAAAGGAAGGGCUAUCAAGAUGAUCAAUGAACGACUCGACACGCCUUUGGGAUUGACCGACGGCGUGCUCAGCGCCGUCUUCACCUUAACUUUUGCAGAGCUCCUUGAGAGUGAUGUCGAAGCGAGAGACGUCCACAUCAAAGGCCUGGCCCAAAUGAUCAAGGUUAGACGUUCCUUAGGAAAUACAGACAUCCCAUCGUGGUUCGGCGAUUUUAUCCUAUAUGAUUCAAUUGGCCACACGAUCCUUUCUGCCAGCUAUUCCAAUUUACCUCUCAUCAACGCAUUACGGAAUGAAGAAGACCCUAAGCAAAUAGACGUCGCAGCAAUUCGAUCCGACACCAGCGACUUGCGCCAUUUAAUAGAUAAAUAUCACGCUUCCACAUCGCUGAAGCAAGAUAAGGCAGCUAUCAUUAGGCUCUGCUCCUCGAUGCAACUCCUGGUUUGGCAGCUAUUCGUUGGUGCAGCUGCUGCGGAAUCUGCGAGUGAGGUUCGGUCUUGGUAUAUCAUCAGAUUACGAGAGGUUAUCGAGGUUGUCGAGACAUCCCAGCCAGAUGGAACAGGCUCCAGAAUACGGGAGCGCCCUCAUGAUCUUUAUUAUCUUGUGAACUCGCUUCUCAUGCUGCAACGUCGACACGAUACGCCAGCAUGUUACCUCACCGCUCCAUCGCCCAAGGCAUUAGGCAAUAUCCAGGUCGACGUCUACGAUACUCCUUUGAAAUGUCUGGGAUUCAAAGCGAUUCUCAAUGCAGACAAGUCAGCAGAUGAUGUACAACUGUUCAAAGCCGAUACCCAACGAACCUUAUUUGAGUCAAGGCCAAAAGUUAAAGGCGGUCCUUAUCAGUGGGUAGACGUACACGGGGAGAUUAUUGCAUAUGAAGCAGGGCAGGAGGGCGGCCACAAGCUCGUAAUUCAGGUUCCAUUACAACAAGCUAUCAUGGACGCCCUGGCAGCACUAUGGACUUUGAGACUCUGGUAUGAACAUAUUCACAAUCAGUCAGAAUGA